AUGUCGACGUAUUACAAUCCGUACAUUAGCUGGGAGACUUAUUCUGACUAUCACAUCCGUCAAGAUGUCCUGUCGGCGUGGCUGCGCUGGAAGUUCAACGACAACCAGAUCCAGGUCCAUGUGAGUGUCGCACCAAUCCGCGCUGUACAUCAGCAGCUGCCGCCAUUGAACAUGGACUUUGAUCCCCACGAUCGUCUUCUGGACGUGUGCAGGAAUUACCUCACCUACCCAAACACUCUGUUGAAGAGGCUCCCGAAGAACAUUCUCGACCGAUAUCAGGCCUACCUCGCCAGAAAUGAAGCCGACCUCUUUGACGAAUACAGGGCGCGCAUCCUGCUCUGGGAGGCCUGGAGCGGGGAGAACAACCUUGCUAACGUCGGCGACAACAGCUUCAUCGAGUCGGAACACUCACGGGCCCCCCUCAACUGUUCUGCACCUAUGCUAAAGCUAGUUUUGACCUUUCACCAAGUUGAUCCCUCUUUCUUGGACUACAUCUUUACUUUUGGAGACCAAGAAGAGCCCCAGGAUGCAUGUUUGUCGCAGUUCCAGUCCCACGACGCCUUGGCAAUCCACGAGCGGCUGCCCUUCAUUCCCCAACUCGGUCGGUCUGGUAAGGAAAUACGCCAUUCUUUCCUGCUGAGGUCGGUGGAAAGAGUCCCAGAGGCCACGAGCUGGCCUUGGUCGGUCCGGCAACUGGCUGCUUACCACUCCUUUGACGUCGGCAACGGCCGGACAAUCUGGAUUACCGCCAAAGGCAACGACCUCAUGCAAAGGAGGAUAAUGGACGACACUGCAGACCUACCCGCGCUAAGGGCUUCCGCUGGGAGAGAUGUUGCCGCCUCCUUCGAGGCAGCGCUUGGCACCCUCCUCAUAUACUUCGCCUGGUGCGAAGAAAACUGGCGAUGGUUUGUCCGCGAUAUCGAGGAUCACAUCCGCCAGGAACUAAGAAAGGCCAAAACCGUCCCUAUUGACGAGAAGCCAUACUUCACAAACGUCCCUCAAAAGAUGAACACCGGCUUGACAACAUCUUCGAAAAGCAGCCACAACCCGUGGAAUUAUCCAGAGAAAAUACCCGAAAAGCGAGAUAUAUUUAGCUCGUUUAGACGACUAUCACGGCCGUCGUGGCACACCCCCAGCGGUUUCGAUGUUCCACCCCCACCACCGCCGCCGCCACCAGGACACGGCCAGCCCGCUGGGCAGGCCAGGAGAGAGAUGCCCGACGACACUCUCGUGCUGAAGAUCUUCAGCUACAAGGACCUGCAGAAACUCAUCAGCCUGGGCGAAAGGCUCGAGGAGAGCCUCUUGAUCAUCAACCUGAACCUAAGGGUAUUGCAGAACGCCUGCGAGUACUACCAGCGUCUCGCGGACUCUGAGGACAUCGGAAAGGAGAUCAAGCAACGCUUUGUAAAGUCCAUCGCCCAGUUCCAGGUCAAGACACGUGGCAUCAUCGAGAACCUUGAAACUAGACAGAUGCAGCUGCUGUCGCUGCGGAAGAGGCUCGAGGAGGGCAAGGCUCUGUUUGAGAGCCUGCUUCAGUACCGCGGCUUGGAAGUCGGCCGCAUCUUUGCCGAGCACGGUCACAAGUCGGCGCUCGUCAUGCAGAACAUUGCCUACCGGACCGAACAGGAGACGGUGACGGUCCGCGUCAUCACUGUCAUCACGCUAUUGUUUCUUCCAGCCACGUUCCUCUCGUCCUUCUUCCAAAGCGGCAUCAUCGACUGGGACGACGCCGCCAGCAUCGGCUUCCGCGCCGACGCCUUCAGGCUCUUCAUGGCCAUCUGCGUGCCCUUCACCGCCGCGGCGCUGAUCGGGUGGCUGGUGACCAACAAGUGGGGAGACCUGCGCUCGCGCCGCAAGUCGCUGGAAGACACCACGGCCACCAUGCAGGCUCUUCUCACCCAGCAACAAAAGGAUCCGCCAGUAUGA